AUGAAAUCAUCCUGCAGCCUAUCAGGCAAUCCAGUUGGUGAAGAUUGCAAAGCUGUUAAGAAGUUAAAUAUGACAUUACAGAGCGAACUACCCGUGUUUGGAUGGAAGCACAAUGUUACAUACAGAAACAUUGCCUGUGCCAGAUGUAGCAAAGAAGAAAAAGUGACUUUCUGGGAACUCCAAGUAAAAUGCGGGAGUGGAAGAUUAGAAUUCAAUGGGUCGGACAUCAAGGCAGUUAGGACGUUUGUCCUGGACAAAAUAAACAAGUGUUCAUGGAAAUACGAGACAUCGUCUUACCAAACGCGACAUUGUGUAUUGCAUGAUACAAUAUGCGCGGUGAAUAAACAACCCUGGAUGUCUUUAGUUAAAGACCUUUGUUCUUCAUAUUCCAUGCCUUUUUCAGUUGGCUAUCAAAAAGCUAAAGUAUCAUACAGGAACCCUCAUUGCGCUCUCUGUGAUCCUGAAGGACAUUCCGAGCCAGCGACCGCUCAAGGCCCAGGUAUACCCUGGUCAAUCAUCUUGGACGUCAGCGGAAACUUUAGGAAUCCUGAAACACCAAAGACACCACAGCCAACUGGAGCAACCAAAGAAAAGUUUAACGUUACUGCCCAGAUGUUACACUGUACUUCAAACGGUAGCCGCUGCACCAUCACUAUUAAUGGGAAAACUUGCAAAGCAUUCAUUCCCGUAAAAAAUCAAUCAGCAAAAAUUAAUACAUCCCUAGACAAACACCAUGUAAUGAUACAGAGUGAACAAUUCCUCGAUAAAAAGAUUGUCAUGGACUUGAAUGGGAGCACUGUAUAUGUAUUGUGUCCAGAUGAUAAAGUUACUAACGAUUCCAACCAGGAUUUCACAGUUCUCAUUUAUAUCACAGUCAUUGGUACAACUCUAUCAAUAAUUUCACUGUGCUUUCUUCUUUUCAUUUACUUGUUUUUCAAAGAGCUAAGAAAUCUGCCUGGAAAAUGUCUCAUCAACAUUUGUGGGGCGUUACUCUGUUACCAAAUAAUUUUUUUCACUGUUGAAAAGGCGAAUGAAGUGGACGCUCUAUGUAAGGCAGUUGCUAUUUCUCUACAUUUCUUCAUCCUCGCUGCAUUCUCGUGGAUGAGCAUUAUGGCGUUUAAUACAGCAAAUGCUUUUACCGUUAAGGGUGAGUAGUUAAGUUCCUAAAACGUUAGUCAACUGACGCACGAACAUUAACAAUGUUUUAAAGAGCUUAGCAGUCUUUUGAUGCUGGCCACCUCUCAGCAGUUCGUUAAGUUUCCAACAGAUUGCUUGUCCCCUUUAAAUUCUUGCUAAAAUUGGGUGGAGGGUGGUACCAUGAAUUAGACCUGUUGAUCUGUGGUAUGAGUCGCCAACCACUUGGCCAACAAGUUCAAAACUAAGCAACUGUUAUGUUAAAAAAUUUCACAUACCUGUUUGUCUAAUCACGUCUGACUGAAGAUACUGAUCAUACUGAUUUUUCACAUAUCUUGAAAAUAAACGCCAUUCACUUGUUCUUAAUUUCUGCAGCAGGCAACGCAAGGAGACAAAGCUCGAACCAGAGGAAAACCUUCAUCAAGUAUUGCAUUCUGGGAUGGGGACUUCCUGUAAUGGUUGUUGGUUUAUUUACUGUACUUGACUUCACAGGAUCAUUUCAUGUCGGAUAUGGUUUGUACAAAAGUCUUGAAGUUAAAAUUGUUACAGGUACUGUCGUUCAUCAAUAGGAGCUUCAACUGACCUCCUUUAGCAGCGUUUACACCAGCUUAUCAUUGUCAUAUCGCUCCUUAACCCUUUACACCCUAACAUCAGCAUGCAAACUCUCUAUACUAUGCUCUCUACAUUUCCUAAGGUGCUUCCAAGGAGAAUUUGUUUUAACAAUCAAAAGCUUCUUUAGUUGGUGAUCAUUUCCUUUAUUCUGGUAACCUAAAUGUGUGAUUCGGGAAUGAUAUUAUAAGGAGAAAUUAAAUGUUAGUCACUCAUAAUUGCUAUCUUUAUGGAGCAAACUGCCUCUCUAAGAACAACUCCUAAGAAACGAUCUCGAUUUCUCCCUGUAUUUAAUCGAUAGGUAAAUCGAAUUAUUGCUGGAUAUUUGGAAACACAGCCAUGAUUGUUGCUAUGGUUACCCCAGUGAGCCUUGCUUUGGUUUUCAAUAUAACGUGUCUGGCGAAAAAUCUCUAUGGCAUCCAUCAGUUACAAAAGGUAUGCGUAAGGACGAGUACUUAAGGUUUGACCUUAGGCUUAUGGAGUGUGGGAGACGUUCUGGCAUCGGUCAGUAGCAUCAAGAAUUCAGUAGCAUUAAGAAAGAGGCAUCAUGCUCAAAUCUUCAUUGAAGAAACCCAUUAGAGUUUACAAUAAGUCCGCUUGGGAUAUCUUUUACUUACUUUUCAUUGACUGGUUGAAUAGAUCAGAGAAGCUUUUGUUCGUUUACGUUUUUUAACCUUAGGGUGCCAGUCUAGCAGCAAACAAUUCUAAAGCUUCUCUGACCCUCAUCUGCAUCAAGUUGACCACAGUGAUGGGACUGACCUGGAUCCUAGGGCUUGCUGCUAACUGGAAACAAACUGAAUUUCUUCAUUACCCUUCCACUGUGCUGAACUGCAUGCAAGGUACUUUUUCAAGUUUGAUUUGUGAAGUACCAAGGCAAACUUGUGUGCGUCGGUGCGUGUGUACCUGUCCAUACUACCCAAUUAAAAUUUCUCAAAAAUUAAAUAGCUUUUUCAGAUUUUUCUGGCAGUAGCACACAUUAUUGUAAUCAGGACAAAAUCUAGAGAUUCCGUUAUCAAAUUUUGUUAUGCAUGAAGGGGUAGUUGUCAAACGAAAAUACUCCUCGUACAAAAUUUUUCGCCCACCGCGAUCCUGGUGAAAUUAUUUGUGGGAACAUUUCGCCAACUAAUUUUAUUAUAAGCAAGCCAUCGUUUUCGUUGCGAAAGGGGGAGGGGCUACAGCCUCGUAUGUAAGCAAUAACUUAAGCAAUGAUUUAAAUUAACAGCAUCCGUCGGUCGUGCAAACUACAAUCAGGGAAUAAUUUUAGGACCUAACAGUAAACUGUAUUAAAUCGGUGAAGAGCCGCAACAUUGCCUGGAGGCCCCGCUUAAUCAAAAAAAGCCACCCAAAAAAUUUAAGUGCCCCACCUACAUAACAGUGUUAAAGUUAUUUUCACUUCGGUAUGGCACAAGCAGUUAAUGAUAGUUAAAUUUCUGGUAACUAAUUUUCUGCGAGAUUUGUUUCAGGGUUUUUCAUCGCGUUGUGCUUCACUACUUCUAAAAGAGUACGUGGACUGCUCAAGGAAAGGUUUUACCGUGGCAAAGGGUUAAAAUGCGCCGCUGAGCCCCAGUCAAAUGGCAUUCAAGACCAGAGUACAGUCAGAGAUGGCGAUACAUCUGCGGAUUUUAACAGAUUUUCUUUGGCUUCCAUGUCAACAGAACAACUGACGAAGCAUCACUCUUAAA